GCGCGCACCCACAGAAGGUGCUGGGUGGUUGGCUUGGGCUGUUAAUGGUGGACGGCCGAGGGGGGUGGUACUGGUGGAUUCGGGGUCACUGCCGGCCUCCGCGGCUGCGAUGGCGGAAGACGGUCGGGUGAGCGGGAACGACCGUCGGCACCACCGGCGCAAACGGGGCUCGGCCGAGGACAGGGAACCGGAGAGGAAGAAGAAGAAGCGGCUGCACCAAGAAGUGAAGAAAAUCAAACACGUCGAGACAUUUUACGAGAAGCCACCACCAGGAAUGAUAAAGGAAGAUGAUGACAAGCCAGAAGAUUGUAUUCCAGAUCUGCCAGGCAAUGAAGAAGCUCGAGAUUUCCUGGCACAUGCUCCAACCAAAGGACUUUGGAUGCCAUUGGGAAAAGAAGUAAAAGUCAUGCAGUGUUGGAGAUGUAAAAAUUUUGGACACAGAACUGGGGAUAGAGAAUGUCCCUACUUCAUUAGUGGAAAUCAGAAAUUGGAACAGUUCAGAGUAGCACAUGAGGAUCCCAUGUAUGAUGUAAUCAGAGAAAACAAACGUCAUGAGAAGGAAACAAGGAUACAGCAGCUGAAACAGAUGUUAGAAGACCCUACUUCAGACAGUCAGAGUUCCACUUCCUCAGGUUCCAGAGAAAGGCACAAGAAGAAGAAAAAGAGAAAAGAGAAGAAGAGAAAGAAAAAGAAGAAAAAAAAGAAACACAAGGCUAGAAAAUCAAGUGACAGUUCUGAAUAAGGCAAGAAGACUUGAAUGUUAUGUUUUUUUUCCCCAAAGUGAGAAAGGACUGUUAAAUUCGUCAAAAAAAAGGUUUCUUUUGAGUAACAUUAUAAAAAUCACAUUUUCAACAAAACUAGGAAGAAACUGCAAAUCAACAAACCAAAACUUGGACUUGAUGGUUGAGGGUCUUCUUAUGAAGCAUGGCUUGUUAUUUACAAAUCUUAUAUUUUGCCUUCUGGUCCUCAAUCUGGUAUCAGCUGAUUAAGGACCAGACUGAGAAUAUUAACAUUUUCAUAGAUUAGCUGGUGAAAGACAGUACUUGGUUCAUAUACUAAAGAAGUGUAAGCCUAUCUUGUUUCGAUGGAAAUAAAAAUGACUUCUCUCACAGGCAUAGUGAAAGCAUUUCUAUUUUGUUUUCUUGUAGAAGAGGGAUUACUAAAAUUACAAGAACAUUGAGGGAAAUGGGGAUAGAUGAUUAAUAUUUCUCAUUGUGAAAUUGGCUUUAAGUCACUUGCAAAUUAGAACCUUUAUAGUUAAUUUUAUGUAGCAUUGCUAAGUAAGCAUGAUUACUAUCUUAAUAUAUGCCAAAGGUUUCUACUUUUUUUUAAGGCAUCUGAUGGUUCUUUGGACUCCCAAGUUCUGUUCAACCACUCCACAACCAUCAUUGAUACUAAGAUAACUUAAUUUCCAAAUUGUUCUCUUAUUUAUUCUGGGUUUUAGAAAAGGAGAAAAGUGAGAAAGUAGUGUAGUCUAUGUUUGCAGAAUACUUAGUAUAAAGCUGAAAAUAUAUUUAGAAGCUAACAUUUCUUGUAAUUUAUUUAACAAGGCCAGUCCUGUGUGUGUUUACAUUUUUUUAUUAUUAUGGGCUGCAGGUGUUAUAUUAGCCUGCCUUUCCUCAGUAACAGUGAUUUCUCAUGUUUUAAGGAAAGUGAGCAUCUGCCCCUAUUCAAGUUGUAAAGUUAGAAAAGCUUAACAUAUUGUUAAAAGAAUCAUAAAUUGAAUUAUCAAAAUUCUACUGUUACUGUUUUAACAAAAUUAGCAUAGCUUGGCCAAUAUUUAUCCUUUGAUCAACACCACUGAAAGAGAUUGUUCUAUCAUGUAUCUUGGUAAUUAUCUUGGAAUCUUACAAUGUACAAAUUGGCUACAGCAUUUGUGUAUAUUAUUACAGUGAUCUCACUUCAAAUAUACUUGGCUGUGUAGCAGGUAUACAAAUUGCUAUAUAAAUACAUUCAUUCCUUCUGCAAUGA